GCGCCCGGCGCGGGUUAGUUGGCCCGGACGGUACCGAGCGGUACCGCGAUGGGGCUGCCGGCUGCCGUGCGGGACCGCGUGGCUGCGGUGCACCGGGGCUCGGCGCUGCCCGAACGGCUGCGGCUCUACGACGGCUGGGCCGCCCUCUACGAGCAGGAUGUGGCGGCUCUGGAGUACCGGGCACCGUAUCUCGCCGCCGCCUCGCUCGCCUUCGCCUUCCCCGCGCCGCGUGCGGAGGCGCGGCUGCUCGAUGUGGCCUGUGGCACCGGGCUCGUAGCGCGGGAGCUCCACCGGCGCGGGUUCCGCUGCCUGGACGGCGUGGACGGCAGCGCGGGGAUGCUGGAGCGGGCGCGGAGCACCGGGCUCUACCAGGAGCUGCAGCUCUGCGUCCUGGGCAGGGAGCCGCUGCCCGCGCCCGCAGAGCACUACGACGCCGUGACGGUGGUGGGGGCCCUGGGCGAGGGGCAGGUGCCGAGCACGGUGCUGCCGGAGCUGCUGCGGGUCACCAAGCCGGGCGGCUUCCUGUGCCUGACGACGAGGAGCAACCCCUCGAACCUGCGGUACAAGGCGGAGCUGGAGGCAGCACUGGGGCAGCUGGAGCAGAGAGGAGCCUGGCAAAAGCUGCUGGCCCAGGAAGUGGAGUAUUGGGAGAGGGCCACCUCCGAGGAGGAGAGCACCCAGGGCACUGGCUACAUCUCCGGGGUGGUCUACAUCUACCAGAAGUGCCCUGUUCCCAACCUCGAGGAGGGCUGAGAGCUAGCAUGGCUCUGGAGGGGGGACCUGUUCCUGCUUAUCCUGUUCCCAUGUUCCUGGAGAAGAGGUUGCAUCCUUCCCCUCAGGAGCUGUUCUCAGUGUGAGGCAAUGGCUGUGUCUGUCCCUGUUCCUCACCCAGGGCAUCCCACAUCUUCCACACUCGCCCUCCCCAUGGCUCUUGUCACCCUUCUGCUUUGUCCCCCAUGUUUUGGGGUCCCUGUGCCCAUCAGUAGCUGUCCUACUGCUCCCUCCCCACUUGUCUCCAACACUGUCCCCUGGGCAGCUGGGGGUUGUGGCUGUCCCCAGCCCUACACUUGCCUGUUCAAUAAAGCCCUGUCCCUGCUGACUA